GCUUGUAGUGUAAAACUAAAAUCAUUCGAAGUAUUUCCUGUUUUUAUUUUUCGAUUUUAAUACUCAAUUAACCAGCUGUAACAAAUUUUAAUCAAAUUAUGGCCACCAAUUAUAAUUAUUCAAAAUUUCUAAUUUGUCCAAUCAAUCCUAAUCAUAAAGUGAAUUCAACACGUUAUAAUGAUCAUUUGUUGAAAUGUAAAUCGAUGAAUCAUGAAAAAUUUCAUCAUUACGAAAAUCUGGAUAUGAAUACUUCUCAGAAAGAAAACAAAAAACAAUAUUCAAAUUGUUCGAAUGAAGAUUAUUCAUCAUCAUCAAUGGAUGACGAAGAAAGCAUUAUUUCCGAUUCGAUUCCUGAACAUUAUACAAUUGAUUAUGAACAGGAAUCUGGAAGACAAAUAAUUUCUAUUGAUUGGCAACGUUUGGAACAAGUUGAAACAUUUCGUGAAAUUCCUUGGGAGAUAUUAAUGAUUAUGCCCUCUGAUCAAAAACAACGUUAUAUAGUUUGUCUUUUCAAUUAUAAUAAAUCUCGAUAUACAUGAAAGAUUUCUACUUUAUCAACACAUAUUUCCUCAUCAAUAACCAAACAACAAUCAUAUUCUUUUCAAC